AUGCUGAUCCUCAACACGGGGGCCCUUCAGGGGGGCGUACUCAGUCCCCUCCUGUUGUAUGUAUCUGAUCACUACUGUAGAGGGGUUGGAAGGUUAGACAGGUUGUAUGUAUCUGAUCACUACUGUAGAGGGGUUGGAAGGUCAUACAGGUUGUAUGUAUCUGAUCACUACUGUGGAGGGGUUGGAAGGUCAUACAGGUUGUAUGUAUCUGAUCACUACUGUGGAGGGGUUGGAAGGUUAGACAGGUUGUAUGUAUCUGAUCACUACUGUAGAGGGGUUGGAAGGUUAGACAGGUUGUAUGUAUCUGAUCACUACUGUAGUAGGGUUGGAAGGUUAGACAGGUUGUAUGUAUCUGAUCACUACUGUAGUAGGGUUGGAAGGUUAUACAGGUUGUAUGUCUCUGAUCACUACUGUAGUAGGGUUGGAAGGUUAUACAGGUUGUAUGUCUCUGAUCACUACUGUAGUAGGGUUGGAAGGUUAGACAGGUUGUUUGUAUCUGAUCACUACUGUAGUAGGGUUGGAAGGUUAGACAGGUUGUAUGUAUCUGAUCACUACUGUAGUAGGGUUGGAAGGUUAGACAGGUUGUAUGUAUCUGAUCACUACUGUAGAGGGGUUGGAAGGUUAGACAGGUUGUAUGUAUCUGAUCACUACUGUAGAGGGGUUGGAAGGUUAGACAGGUUGUAUGUAUCUGAUCACUACUGUAGAGGGGUUGGAAGGUUAGACAGGUUGUAUGUAUCUGAUCACUACUGUAGAGGGGUUGGAAGGUUAGACAGGUUGUAUGUAUCUGAUCACUACUGUAGAGGGGUUGGAAGGUUAGACAGGUUGUAUGUAUCUGAUCACUACUGUAGUCGGGUUGGAAGGUUAGACAGGUUGUAUGUAUCUGAGCACAACUGUAGUACGGUUGGAAGGUUAGACAGGUUGUAUGUAUCUGAUCACUACUGUAGAGGGGUUGGAAGGUUAGACAGGUUGUAUGUAUCUGAUCACUACUGUAGUCGGGUUGGAAGGUUAGACAGGUUGUAUGUAUCUGAUCACUACUGUAGAGGGGUUGGAAGGUUAGACAGGUUGUAUGUAUCUGAUCACUACUGUAGAGGGGUUGGAAGGUUAGACAGGUUGUAUGUAUCUGAUCACUACUGUAGAGGGGUUGGAAGGUUAGACAGGUUGUAUGUAUCUGAUCACUACUGUAGAGGGGUUGGAAGGUUAGACAGGUUGUAUGUAUCUGAUCACUACUGUAGUCGGGUUGGAAGGUUAGACAGGUUGUAUGUAUCUGAGCACAACUGUAGUACGGUUGGAAGGUUAGACAGGUUGUAUGUAUCUGAUCACUACUAUAGAGGGGUUGGAAGGUUAGACAGGUUGUAUGUAUCUGAUCACUACUGUAGUCGGGUUGGAAGGUUAGACAGGUUGUAUGUAUCUGAGCACAACUGUAGUACGGUUGGAAGGUUAGACAGGUUGUAUGUAUCUGAUCACUACUGUAGAGGGGUUGGAAGGUUAGACAGGUUGUAUGUAUCUGAUCACUACUGUAGUCGGGUUGGAAGGUUAGACAGGUUGUAUGUAUCUGAGCACAACUGUAGUACGGUUGGAAGGUUAGACAGGUUGUAUGUAUCUGAUCACUACUGUAGAGGGGUUGGAAGGUUAGACAGGUUGUAUGUAUCUGAUCACUACUGUAGUACGGUUGGAAGGUUAGACAGGUUGUAUGUAUCUGAUCACUACUGUAGAGGGGUUGGAAGGUUAGACAGGUUGUAUGUAUCUGAUCACUACUGUAGUCGGGUUGGAAGGUUAGACAGGUUGUAUGUAUCUGAUCACUACUGUAGUCGGGUUGGAAGGUUAGACAGGUUGUAUGUAUCUGAUCACUACUGUAGUAGGGUUGAAAGGUGUGAUAUUACUCCUGUGGGUUUUUCAGAUCAUCAUAAUGUGUCUGUUGAUAUUCACUUGUCCUGUGAAAAGUUUGAGUAUUUUUGGGGAAAAUGUAGUUAUUAAAUGGAAUUUUGAGUCCUUGAGACGAUGGUGGGAGGUUGGGAAGGCCCAAAUACAUGUGUUUUGUCAACAGUAUAUUGCUCUGUCUAGUAUUGAAGUUAAAGAGACUAUCAGGGCCAGUGAACAUGACAUCAAAUCUAUUGAAUUGAAGCUGCUCAAUCAGAAUGACCCCGGACUAGUCAUGAACUUACAGGACAAUAGACAUGGAUUGAGGUCGUUUUUACAUGAAAGUGUUUAGGGUGCCUUGAUUAGGUCUCGCUUUGCUACCCUCAAGGAUAUGGAUGCUCCUAGCGCUUUAAAAAUAUCCUAGGGCAGUCGACAUUGCAACGCAAAUGCCUUUGUCUUCCUGAUGGGAAGGUGACCUCGGAUGACGGUGACAAGCACCAACAUGCCGUGUGUUUUUUACUCAGCCCUCUAUAAGGAGGAUUGUGAUCCUCUGUGUGCUGAACAGUUGUUACAUGGACUUCCUCAAUUGGACCCUGAGCAGAGAGCUGCUUUGGACUCUGGCAUUACUCUGCAGGAGAUGUCCACAGCAGUUAUGCAGCUCUCAACAGGCCGAGCCCCUGGCAUCGAUGGUUUACCAUCUGAGUUCUAUAAGCACUUUUGGGGGUCUAUUGGGGAGGAUUUUUAUGAAGUGGUGUGUGAAUCUUUUCAUGAGGGUUCUCUUCCUGUA